UGCCAGCAACAGAUCCGCGGGAGCGUCAUCACGGCGAAGUUGGCUCUAUUUCUUCGCACGCGAUUGCGGCCGCCGCGUGCUGCUGGUGCUGGUGACAUGUAGGUUUCUGCUGCGCCGCCGUUCGUUCGUUCACGUACAUUACUCGACUCGAGCCCGCCCCCGGUGCCUGGUGACGCGUACCCACCGACGACUGCUCCCGCAAGACUCAUUGCUAUCGCUGCCCCGCCCCGCAGUCUCGACGGCAGCGACCUGCCCGCAGCGAAGUGAGCGCGCGACUUCUUGCACGUCCCGCGCGCAGUCAUGACCGUGCAGAUUGAGGUGACGCCUUCCUCGCCGCCGCCGCGACCUCCACAGCGGAGCGAUACCAUCGAGAGCCAGUAUUUUGUCGACGCGCCCGAGACAGUGGAAGAGCAGGCAGAGCAGGCCGAGCUGCAGCACCAGCGUCAGCAGUUGCGCCGCAAUGAGCCCUCCAUCAUGACCACGGCGUCAAUGGCGUCGGUGCCGCCGCCAGGCUCCAUACUCACCGGCAAGCAGGAGCACUACCUGAAACGAGAACUCAUAUCCUACCAAACACAAUGGGAGAUCAGCGAGCUGUCACACCCGACGGCGCUGCAGCGCUUUGGAGCGCCAUUUCGAUCAGAUGUUGGCGAGGUUGCGCCUGAGGACUCCGAGCUACCUUUACUACGCUACAUCUUUGUGCACCACGUGCGGAAUUUUCCCUUCCUCGACAAGGCGAAAGAGAAGGAGUUUUGGCAGGACAAGCUGCAGACAUUCUUGGAGAGCUUCGCUAACAAACAUAUCUCCUCGGCCGCCGACCGACUUGAACAGACCAAGCGUGCAAAGCUGGCCCUCAAAGCGACCAAGCUGGUGGAAUUGAUGAUGGUCUCGGGUAUCCCCACAGCUUCAGGAUAUGAAGAACGAAUUCGCUUCGCAGAGAUGGAGGUGGUGGAUCGUGGGGCCAACGAGCAGGGACUCGUGGUAAACGUGCCCGAGGGCCACGAAAUCAACGGCUGGGACGUCAAUGUUGCGGGUGUGCGUAUCGUCAGCGUGAAGAGACAUGUCCGCCAGCAUAAGCAUGCAGAGUUCAUACUCCGGGUUAAGCACAAGGAUGAAAAGGAGCGAUACGUUGCCAGACGCUAUGGCGACUUUGCAAAGAUGCACAAAAAGCUACGGCUAGAGCUGCCUGGCAAGGUUUUGCCUCCUCUGCCUCGCAAGAACAAGGCUCAAUCGAUAUACAGUGGACGCGACGAUGACGACAGCGACAGUAUCUCAUCGUUCUCCACUCAGGAUACCUCCGCACCUUCCACGUUGGCGCCGGAAGCUCCGCCCGAGUCUGGCGGUGGACUGCGUGGCUAUUUGUCAUCUUGGACUGGCAGCAAUAGCAAUCGUCACAGUCGUAACGGAUCGCGCACCUCAUUGGCGCCAUCCCCACGGCCGUCGAUCGAUGGUCCAACAAAUUCCGCAGGUUCCAUACCGAAGGAAACAGUGAGUGAUACAGUAUUGCAUCGCGAGAACCAGCGCGUGUCCCUGCGGGCGUUUCUCCGAAAUUUCCUCUCCAACGAAGCCAUUGCAAACUCGCGUGCUAUGUACGAUUUUCUAACAGAGAAUCCACUCAUACCGAAUCAGGAGGAAAUGAAGGACAUCCAACGACGCAUUGUCAUGGACGAGCGACGUCUAGAGGAGCAACGGCAGUUUUUCGAGGUGGCCAGAGAUCGUGCACGAGAGCUGGAUAUCCAUAUGGAAAAGUUCCGCCGCAGUGUUGUGGAGAAGAAUGGUCUUCGCGAUCUUUUCAGCGAGAUCAAGAUCAAGGAAAAGAUUGCCGACCUGGAUUCUGAGUACAAGAAGUUUGCCGAGUGGCUUCGCAUCGAGGUUGCGGCUACCUUGUAUCACAUGUUCCUGGCCGAAGACAACUCGCCAGAGCUGUUUGCGCAAGCUAAACGGAUCCACAGCCUGGUUCCAUAUGGCGCGCUUAAACAGGUGAUACGCUUCACAAACCCUGCAGCAGUGAUGGUGAAUGUACUUGACAUUUUCAUGGCGCAACCACUCGGAGCGAAGUCUCUACUGCAACGUAUAUUUGGUCUGGCUGUAGGCGACGGCAUCCGCAGUUUGCAGCGCUCGAUCGACACGCUCACUGCUAAGAUCGAUGAACCUGCAUUGACCGAGAAGAUCAGAAAUUACACCGAGACCUACGAGGAAGUGAAGUCAAAUAUCCGGCAAGAAGCGAAGGAUGAGCAAGUCGAUCUCUUGGUCAAGGUGCUACAGAGUGAGGAGACUGAGCCGGUAUUAUCCUCCGAGCAAAUUGGUCGAGUGUUCAACGCCUACGUGGCUUGGGACAAUGCCGUGGAGAACGUCGACGAAGAAAUGCGCCAAGGAGCAGAACUGUUUGCGCGCCUCAAGCAAUUGCUCAAGUUGUACACCCGACAGCGUGACAAGAAAAUGAUGCUCGAAAUGGUCGAGGAGCCGAACACUCUGCGCUUAUUCCGCGACCUCUUCACGAUCUUCUACGAGCCCCUUGUGCGGGUUUACAAGAGUGCGAAUGUCUACAACAGCGUCACUGAUUUCGCACGCUUCGCAGAUGAUGCCAUCCAGACUAUUGAGAAAGCGCAACGGCAGGAUGUCAGCGCAGAUCCCAACCAGACCGUCCAGAGCUUCAUCGACUUGUGCGAAAGACACGAGGACGACUUGUACAAAUUCAUCCACGAGGUCCAUCUUCACGACAACGGACUUUUUGACAAACUCAUGACGUGGAUCGAAGAGAUACUUGACUUCUUGCGCAAUGGGCCCAAAGGUGGCAAGUUGGAUAUGAAUGCCCUGUUUGCUGGUGCCUUGGAGAUGAAGCAAAUUGAUAAAGAUGUUGCUCUCCGAGAGAUCAACAGCCUAAUCAAGUGGCAAACUGCGCGGAAACGAUGGCACUCCGACAAGACACGGCAGAAGAUGGCGUCAGGAGGUGCGGCGCAGGAGGAUCCACUGGGAGGUCUGGGUUCGACUUUCAAACCCAGUGAUUUUGGCCUAAAUGCUCAAGACUUGGCAGAUAUGGACCUUGCGGAUGAGGACGAAGACUACUCGGAUUCUGAUGAGCAAGAUGAAGAUGAUCCUAUAGAGGCGGAACGCAAACGAAGGCGGCGGCGCCAGGACGUUCUCAAACGCACGGCUGGUGAACCGCUGAAGCCUGAGGUUACUGAGCUACACAAGAUGAUGCCGCAAUUUUUAUCCAUGCUGCGGAUGGUGCUAGCAGAAUAGAAUUUCUAGACUUUUCAGGCCACGUCGGCCUGAGUACGGUAUGCAUAUCCUAGUCAUAUUUCGAGCUCCUGAUGAUUUCUGGAUGUCAGAGCUGCAUAAAUUCCUUCCUACUACGUUCCUGCGCUAGCAUACUUCACUCAGUACCACCCAUGCCCUUCUUCUCCGAGCUUUUUGUUCUUCGGGUUCAAGCUCAGUAGACGUUGACCUGGUAUGUGGCCGUUGAUUGCAGAUUCGAAAACUCCACCCACAGCUCUUCUUCCAACAUUCGAAAAGCUAUUAUAUCCUCCUGCAUCGCUCCCAUUGAUUGCUGCCCACUCGGGAGAAUUAUACGGACUACUUCCAUCUCCCAAAUCACUCCAGCGCGUGACCACAAGAGCAUGUUUGAACGGGAACACUUUGUCACUG